CACAGGCCACGGAAAAUGGUGACCUGGAAAAAAAAAGAGAGGAUAAAAAUAGAACAGAAAAAUCAACCAUAUAAUACACAUCCAAACCCAGGACACAAAGAGAUAGAAGAGAGAAAGCAAAAAAGACUAAUUAAACACAAUUCCAAAAUGGCUACCUCUUCCAUCUCCACGUUCUCCAUUGCAAUAAUCGUCCUCUCCAUCUUCCACUUCAACUCCGCAAGAGAGCUGCUGGACCUUCCUUCACUUGGGAGCAAUACGCCGGCGGGUUUCUUUCCACCGUCGGCGGCGGGUGGCGGUAGUACUCCAGUCAAUAACGUCAACUUCACUAGCCAGAACAAGGGCCCGGCUUACGGCCAAGUGGUGGAAGUCAACGGCAAGCCGGAGUCCGAAGUCGGCACGGUUAACGGCCAAAACGGAAAACCGAACGUGGAAGGGACGUCCCACGAUGGAUCCCAAACGGCCGUAGUGAACGGAACUGCUACGGGGACGUACACAAACGGGAACGCCCAGGGGACCAUGUACAACGGUAACGGCCAGCCGGUGGUCGAGGGCGGGACGUCAAGUAACGGGGAUGUGAACGUUACUAUUUACGGCAGCAACGGGCAGCCGAUGUUUCACUACGAGACUCCACCCAAGGGUUAACCAUUGCAUGUCUAGUGUACAUGCAAGUCUACGUAAUAAUAAAGUUAGUUUGUGCUUAAGUUCGUCAUCCACUAAGUUCAUGAAAUACUAUAAGCUAAGUGUGGAUUGGUGGGGAUUUUAGGGACUGGCCUUCUUAAUUUCUUUUGGAUUGGCAAUAUUUGUGAAGAAAAAAUAAUGUGAGUGAUGGGUGGAUUAUUAUUAUUAUUAUUAUUAUUAUUAUUAUUAUUAUUGUAUAUAAUAGAACUAAAGUCUUUAAAUUUUGUGUUUGAAUUUCAUUAUUAACAAAUGUUGGAAGAACAGAACGGGAGUAUCGAUGAGCUGGGUAUAGCAGGCGGUUCACAUUUUAGUAGCAUAACUGGUGUUAAGGUGUUCAAAUAUCUUAAAUGGACCGGUCAAAUUAACAUAUUAUAAAUAUACAAUAUAACAUAUUAGUAAAUGAUAAUAAAAUUCUUAAUUAAAC